AUGGCAGACUAUGAGCGAACAGUUUUGGAGCACUACCAACUCUCUACUGCCUACCCCGUGGAAUGGCCUGCGGAAAAGGACAACAGCGAUGCCUCUGACGAAGAGGAAGAAGUAAAUCGCGCACCGAAUGGCAACAUUCCCAAUUCAAAGUCGAGGUAUUCUGCGUUGCAACGAGCUGAGGGCGACAGAAAGAGUAUCCCAGGCUCACAAAGGGGAGACAAUGGAGUCGAGACCAUGGUGCAGAGGGACGAGCCGGAUCCACUGGGCAGUACAGAUAGUGUUGUGAGGAUUCUACGGCAGCUGGGUCUGCCAGUACAGGAGGAUCCGAGGCUACGUAAUCGGUUUCUUAUGUCCUCGACCACAUUCUCCCCAGCUCUAUUCUUAUCUCAAGUACACUCUACUGCUUCUACACAGGACCUUAUUCAUGGCCUCGACGUGCUGUCGAGGUCGAUUGACCAGAAAUCUGCGUCUUUGAAGGUCUUGGUCGAGUCCAAUUUCGAGCGCUUCGUUCGCGCCAAAGCCACAAUUGACAAUGUCUACACCGAGAUGAAAUAUCGCGGUGUACAACCGCCUCAGCCAACUUUGGGGCCUCGAUCACGCCAUGCCAGCAGAACUAGCUUCCGGGCAAGCAGUGGAAACCAGGCGGGCAUGAUCCUAGCCCCUCCAGAUGCCAGGAAGAAGAAUGCCUUGACGAAAGAGAGCGAGUAUGGAGUUCUGGGCAUCAAGACCCCGCUUUUGGACGUCUCUGCAAAGGCCGAGGAAGUAUGGGGCCCGGCACUCGGGGGCCGUGAGAAGGAGGACAGCUACAAAGUCAUGGGCGGGACUGUUCAGCGCUACAAAGACUUGUAUGAAGUCGGUGCCGCUAUUACAGAUAGCAUCAAGCGAAAAGACUACGAAAGCGUUGUAGAGGAAUAUGCAAAAGUAAGGCGAUUUGCCGAAGAUGCGAAAAAGCUCUCUGUGGCUCUGGGCGAUUCACCUCCGACAGACUCCCAGAUAUAUCAAUUACUGCUGGCAGCACGUGUUUGGAACGACGUGGAAGAGCAAAUCGGGGAUUUCAAGCGCGAUGUCUGGAAACGACUUGUUGCAAUGCAAAAUGUUUCUACCAGGACAGGCGGCAUGGAGGGCCCCCAAGAUCAGCAUAUGGAAUUGAUUGGCGUCUUACUCGAACUCGGUGUGACUGACAACCCUGUUUGGGUUUGGCUGUUAAGCCGUUAUGACCAUCUGAAGAGCAAGAUCCAGACCACUUCGGAAAGAACCAAGAUUGAAAUCGAAAUAUCACGGAGGCGCCUGGCGAAUAGUGAGCGACCGACUACCCACCUAAUAGCAUCGCAUUUGAGAUCCCUUGGUAGACAGACACUUGAGGAGAAACCUACUUCGGUGGACUCAUCGGAAAUUAUUGAGUUAUGGGAGAAGAUUCAUACAUUUCUCAGUGCUAUGCUUGCCGCUGAUGGAAUCCUUGGGGAGGUUCUUGAGUUCUGGCAGACCAUUCAGAAUUUCAUCGAUGGAAAGGCCCAAAAGUCCCUUCCUUCCGGUAUCAAUGGGGAGUCUCGCCACCACCAUCGACUUUCGGAUGAGGGCAUUCUCCAAUUGCAGAAAGGAACGAUCGAGCUAAUAGAUAUGAUGCGGGAGAGCAUAUUUGCAUUUUUCUCUGAGCCGCCGAUUGAGGAUAUAUCCGCACUAUUUUCACCAUUGCCAGCAACUCCUCGAACACCCGUAUUCUCUGGAGCUGGAUCACUGACUCCAUCGGCACUCCGAGAAACUCGUUUUAAUCUGGACCCUAACGACAUCCCUCCCCCUUCACCCAGAAGAGGGGAAGCCUGGGAGAAACAUGCGUUCUGGCCUCCCUGGUCGAAUUCCUUGAGCGCGGUCCAUUACUUGGGCAAACUGCUAGUUUUGGUGGGAACUGGGGCCAGUGAGAUGGCGGCGAUUUCUCCUAUUGGAAAUGGCGACGGCUCUGCUCUGGAGCGAUUGAAGAGCCUUGUUGGCGAGGCCAGAGAACGAUGCGUGAUUGCUGUCUGUGCUGCAUGGAACAAAGAUGCCGAGGACAUCAAGGUUCUGGAAGACUGGAGACGAUCUCCUGAAAAACGGGAUCUGACUAGAAUGCCUGCUUACUUCAACGCUUUCGAAAGCGCAGUCUUGACAGGUAUGCAGAAAAUUCUCUACAUCUCUGACGCUAUGGUAAAGUCCGAUCCUACCAACAUUGUCUUUCCACCACCUACCAAACUUCUUCAGAUGGUUCGAAGUCAAUUUGUCACCACGCUCUACAGGUCGUUGAGCGGCAUGGUAGAAAAUGCCGAAAAAGCUGUGAAGAAGGCCGAGGAUGACUGGACAACGGACAAUGAUGGCUUGGCGAGUCCUGUUACAAUGAUGGUCGCAACUAGUAUUGGAGCUGGAACUGUCGAUGCCAGUGACCGAAACGUUCGCAUGCUUCUUACCUUGAGCAACCUUCAAGCCCUCAGGACCGACGUCGUCCCCAACCUGACCACGCAAUUCGAGAGCGCCUUUGCUGUAAAGCUGACCGAGGAAACAAAAACCAUCCGCGACGUUCUCGGCCAAAUCGAUGCACGUCUGUUCCAAUCAUACACCCGUCCGGCAGUCAACUCUCUCAGCGCCAUCAUUCGUGCUGGUAUCUCCUCCCCUGACUGGUCCCCUGGAUCUUCAGAGAAGCCUCGCGAGGUCCGCGCCUACGUCUAUGAGGCUCUCCUCGGUCUUGUCCUUGUCCAUACUCAAGUAUCCACCACCGCUUCCACUCUCACCGCACAAGUACUCUCCUUCCUGCUAGAGCAGAUCUCUCGGGAACUCCUCGAAGCCUUCAAGGCACGCCAACGCUAUACUCUCUCCGAGCUAAUGCAAGCAACCCUUGACCUAGAGUUCGUAGCCCAAACUUUAAAUCAAUACACCACCGAGCGAGCGAGCGAGAUCCAAAGUCAGAUUUACCAAGAGCUGGAUAAGGGCACCGACAAUGAUGCGAGAAGCAGAUUGCAGAGCGAGUUGCCAGAAAUGAGAGCUGUAUUGAAGAGACUGAGAGAGGGGAGUAGGAGUGAAUUUGCCUGCUUCAAGAAACCUAGGAGAGCCGAGAGGCCCUCCGCAACCCAGAGUCCAGGUAGUUCGCAGCCGAAUGAUGGGCAGGUUAUGUGA